UCAUGUUGUCAUUUGCACAGCUCCUGUACUGCGCGCGGGUUUUUUUUCCGCUUCACGGAAGUGACGUCAUGCUGUCAACAUGUAAGAUGGCGACCCAUCACAGGCAGAAUGCUGCCGGGCGGAGGAAAGUGCAGGUGUCGUAUGUGAUCAGAGAUGAAGUGGAGAAAUACAACCGUAAUGGAGUUAAUGCUCUACAGCUUGACCCAGCUCUUAACCGGCUCUUCACCGCUGGUCGAGACUCCAUCAUCCGGAUAUGGAGCGUCAACCAGCACAAGCAGGACCCCUACAUAGCAUCAAUGGAGCAUCACACAGACUGGGUCAAUGACAUCGUCCUCUGCUGCAACGGAAAAACACUGAUAUCUGCUUCAUCAGACACCACUGUGAAAGUCUGGAAUGCACAUAAAGGAUUUUGUAUGUCGACAUUGCGUACACAUAAGGAUUAUGUUAAAGCUUUAGCGUACGCUAAAGAUAAAGAGCUGGUGGCUUCGGCAGGGCUGGACAGACAGAUCUUCUUGUGGGAUGUAAACACACUAACAGCACUGACUGCCUCCAAUAAUACUGUCACUACAUCGUCUCUCAGCGGGAACAAGGAUUCAAUCUACAGUCUGGCGAUGAAUCAGAUGGGCACAGUAAUAGUAUCUGGAUCAACUGAGAAGGUUUUAAGAGUGUGGGACCCACGCACCUGUGCCAAGCUCAUGAAGCUGAAAGGACACACAGAUAAUGUGAAGUCAUUGCUGCUCAACAGAGACGGCACUCAGUGCCUAUCAGGCAGUUCAGAUGGCACGAUCCGGCUGUGGUCACUGGGACAGCAGAGGUGUAUAGCCACGUACCGUGUCCAUGAUGAGGGAGUGUGGGCACUGCAGGUCAAUGAAGCCUUUACACACGUCUACUCUGGAGGCCGGGACCGGAAGAUUUACUGCACAGACUUGCGCAAUCCAGACAUACGUGUACUCAUUUGCGAAGAGAAGGCCCCUGUUCUUAAGAUGGAGCUGGACAGGUCAGCGGACCCACCGUCGGCCAUCUGGGUCUCCACCACAAAGUCCACCGUUAACAAAUGGUCUCUAAAGGGCAUCCACAAUUUCCGAGCAUCUGGCGAUUACGACAAUGACUGCAGUACCCCCCUGACACCACUGUGCACACAGCCGGAUCAGGUUAUUAAAGCACACACUUCCAGUACCUUAAUUUGUCCUCUAGGUGGAGCCAGUAUAAUUCAGUGCCACAUUCUGAAUGAUAAGAGACACAUACUCACCAAAGACACCAACAACAACAUAGCAUACUGGGAUGUGUUAAAGGCAUGUAAAGUUGAAGAUUUGGGAAAGAUGGAGUUUGAUGAGGAGAUCAAGAAACGGUUUAAGAUGGUUUAUGUGCCUAACUGGUUCACCGUGGAUCUUAAAACAGGGAUGCUGACUAUUACACUCGAUGAGAGUGAUUGCUUUGCUGCUUGGGUCUCGGCCAAGGAUGCUGGAUUUACCAGUCCAGAUGGCUCAGACCCGAAAUUGAAUCUGGGUGGACUACUGCUCCAAGCCCUGUUGGAAUAUUGGCCCAGGACACACAGCAGCCCCAUGGAUGAGGAAACAGAGCUGAACCAUGUGAAUGGCGAGCAUGAGAACAGGAUACAGAAAGGAAACGGUUAUUUCCAAGUGCCACCACACACUCCUGUCAUUUUUGGAGAAGCAGGAGGAAGAACACUGUUCAGGUUGCUCUGUCGAGACUCUGGAGGCGAGACUGAGUCCAUGCUGCUCAAUGAAACGGUUCCACAGUGGGUGAUUGACAUCACAGUGGAUAAAAACAUGCCAAAAUUCAACAAAAUCCCAUUCUACCUCCAGCCCCAUUCUUCAUCUGGUGCCAAGACGUUGAAGAAGGAUCGUCUGUCAGCUAGUGACAUGCUCCAGGUGAGAAAAGUGAUGGAGCAUGUUUAUGAGAAGAUCAUUAACCUGGACAGCGAGUCCCAGACGAGCGGUUCAGCUGGAGAGAAGCCAAGUGAGCAGAAAGAGGAGGAGGACAUGGCAGUACUGGCUGAAGAGAAGAUCGAGCUGCUGUGUCAGGACCAGGUUCUGGAUCCUAACAUGGAUCUGCGUACAGUAAAGCAUUUCAUUUGGAAGAGUGGCGGUGACCUAACGCUUCACUACAGGCAAAAGUCCACGUAAGGAAACGACUGUAGAUCUACACAUCUGUCCACAUUUCCUGUUCCACACCCUGUCAUGGACUUCCAAACUCAUGCUCCCUGUGAUCUGGUGUGUAAUGUUCCAUGGAGUCUGACACACACAAAUACACGUUCACCCGUGAAUUCACCAGAUCUCCACAGUCCGGAAGUGGAUCUGGAUGUGUCAGGUUUGAAGUAAGAAGAGGAGAACACUGGGAAAGGGAAUCUACUGUGAACAGUCAGCUGACAAAUAGAAAAGAUGGUGUGAAUAUUUUUUGAAGCUUGAGAUUAUUAUUUAAUUGCCAUCUGUUUCAUGUGUCAUUAGGAUUUUUAUUGCCCUGUUUUGUGUGGAGUUUGUUAGUUUUUGAUACACACCAUGUUGGACAACACAUUGUUGUGAUGCGAAUGACAAACACAUGAUAUUUUUGCUCUCCCUCCUUUAUACAUUCCAGAGAUGUUGAUUUGCUAGCUAUAUUUCAAUCCUUAUGUUAGAGAGAAAAGCAAAAUCUAAAUGAACUGAUAAUGAUCUGGGCCUGAUUUCAAACCAUUAAACAUUUUGUUGAAUGUAAAGGAGUGCAAUUUUCAAAAGUUCAUGUCCUUUAGUCCAGAAGUGUAAAGAUGUCCUGAGUUUUUUUUUCACACUUGUUACCGCCCACUCAGAAAAGUAAUGCAUCUCCAUCUCUCUCACUAACGUUGUGCUGUAAUCAUUGAUGCCAUCAUUCUGUACAUAGAUUGUAAUUAUUUUGUAGGCAGUUUUACCUUCUGAGUUGCUUUUAUUUAAUUUUUUUAUGUAAUCCUGUUCUUCAAAAAAGGUGCUUUUUUGUGUGAUCUAUGAGAAAUAUGACAAAAAGGGUCAGGCUCGUAGGUUUCUCUUAUGAUCCAGUCGCUGCUAACAGCCUGUCCAACCACAAGAGGGCAGAAAAAUACUGUAAAGCGUUCGGAGAAGGCGGGGGGGGGGAAAAAAACAGUAAAAACUUAAUUAAUAAAGAUUAUCUGGGUGGCUGAUUUUUAUUUAUGCGAAAGAGAUUGGGCUUUGCAAACUGUCAAUCAUAGCUAAAAUUGCACAAUGUUAUAGAAAUGCAUUCUAUAUUUGGUUUUAGUCUGAAAGAAUAAAUAAAGAAAGCAAGAAAGAAGUGUACUUUGUUGUGAUAGGAUCAAACUGUAAUGAAAAUAUUCCCAAAACCCUGGCUGAGUGACUCUGAUAUGCACCGUUUAUGUUUGCAUUUUCUAUCUUUUUUUUUUCCUUUCUUUUUUUGCAUUGCUUUUAUUGCAGAUGUACCUCUAUACAGUACAUCUACCUGUAUACAGUACUGUGCACGUGUGUUAGGUACACGCAAAGAAAGGCUGUAGAGCAAAAAUGCUUUCAAAAAUAAUGAAAUUAAGACCCUUCAUUAAUUUCUACAUUAAAAAUAUUAUAAAGAGCAGUAAACAGUGUGACAACCCUUUUUAAAAUAAAAACAGCAGUAGUCUUGGGUAUUUCUUGUGCAGAUUUAUAAGGAAAUUGGCUGGUAAGUUUUUUACUGAGCAUCUUGGAGAAUCUUGCCACAGACUUUAACUGUUGCGUUUUUUUUUUU